AAACCGUUUUGAGUAUUUUCUUUAUAUUUUCUUCCUGAAAGCAAAUAUUUAACACGUUUUUUUUUUUCCUUGUACAAAAAGUUGCGUGUUUCCGUUUCCGCAAUAUUAAUAAAAUCCAUCCUUAUAUAAAAACUUCAAACCCCUCAAAAUUCCAUCUCAUACAUCCUUUCUUCUUCACCAUCACUAAUCCAGAGCUAUUUCAACUAAUCGGUUAUUAUGUCAACCGCUAAUAACCGUUUUCCGGUCACCGGAAAAGAAACCUCGAGUUUCGUCAAGACCUGCAAUCGAUUGAGUUCGUUUCUGAAAGGAAGAGGCAGUUUAAGAGAUCUCGGAAUCGAUGAAAAGUUCGAUGCCAAAGGAAAAUCAGAAAUACCUUCACCAGCAACGGAGAACAACACAGCGACUGUGGAUCUGUUAAGCAACAUCGAUGCUACAGUCCGUACAACAACAGAGAACACAGAAAAAACGAUUAAUAACAAUCUUCCUGAAUACGUUACCUUAGAUUCGUUCCGUGAACCGGUCGAUUCCACAAAUAAAUCCGGUUCAGCCGAACCGGAAACUAAAACCGGACAAAUGACCAUAUUCUAUGGAGGAAAAGUAAUAGUGUUGGAUUGUGUAACCGCUGAUAAAGCGAGAGAUCUGGUGUUAGCAGUUGCUAGUGGUUCUUCUUCUUCCUCUUCGGAUAUUCAAAUUCAGAAUCGAAUUGAAGUUGAUGGAUCGGAUUUGCCGAUUGCGAGACGAGCGUCUCUUCAUAGGUUUUUGGCGAAGAGGAAGGAUAGAGCAAGUGUAAGAGUGGUUCCUUAUCAGUUGCAUAAUCCGUUAAUGGCUGAAGAACCUUUGGAUCGUAGUAAGUUUGAUCUGAAUUUAUAGUUAGUUAGGUUUUUAAUUUUAAUUAACGGAAAUCUGUUUGUGGUUUUUGUGUGAUUAUCUUUUGGAUAAUGAUGCUCGCUUCACGUGAUUUCCGUUUCAUCUAUAUAUUUUUGAGGGAAUAGUUAGUUUCUCUUGAAGGUUUAUAUUUUUUUAGUUAAAUAAAUAUAUAUUCCGGUUGAUUGA